AUGAAUGCCCCCGAGUCAGACAACCCAUAUGCACCCAAGCAGGCUCUCAAGCCCACUCCAGAACUCUACGGGGAUCUUGUAGGCGACGGCACGGAGCAACUUGCUAGCGCAUCAAUAUCAUUUAUCAACUUCUCCUCAUCAUCAGACGUUGUCGUCCAUGACAUCGGUUGCGGUCUGGGCGCAGUGACUGCCGCUGUCGUAGCUGCAUCAAACGUGAACAACAUCAAGAUAACUGGAAGUGAUAUUGACGACAACGUGCUCAAUCUCUAUCGUGAAGAGAUAUCCAAGAACAACUGGCCGGCCGAAGCUGUGAAGGCAGACGCUACCGCCCUCGCAUUCGCGGACGAAACCUUUACUCACGCCAUUGGCAACGCGCUGUUGUUUGUUCUUCCAAAUGAUGGUAUCGAUGCGAUGAAAGAGAUAUAUCGUACUCUCAAGCCAGACGGUGUCGCAAUUGUCAAUUCAUGGGCAUAUACACCCACUCUACCCGCCAUCAUAGCCGCUUGCGAAAAGACCAGGCCAGCUGGAACUCCACUGCCUCGUCAGGGUCUUGAAAAGUGGGAAAGCGAUGACUUUCUGCGAAGUAUCGUUGAGAAGGGUGGCUUCCAAGCUGACAAGGUGAAGAUGGAGAAGAGAGAUGUGCUUAUGACCAUAGGUGAGCUGAAGCAUUUCGCCACUAUGCUUUGGAGUUUUAUUGGAGGAACGUCUAUUGCUGGUUGGUUGGAGUCGGAUGAAGAGAAUUGGGAUGUUGCAGUUGAUGCAGUUAUAGAGGCGCUGAAGAAGAGUGAGGGAUUCGAAGAGCUCGAGGGCGGGAAGAACAAGAUCAUGUUCAAGGCUCAUAUUGCGGUUGCCAAGAAGUAG